AUGCUGCGGCCCUCUAUCCGCUCCCUUUUGCAACAGCGGAGGAAACACUCUGGGGUUUCUUUAGUCCGCUGCUAUGCUGCACCCAUAGUACUGCAGCAGCAGCAGCAACAGCUGCUGCUGCAGCAGCAGCAGCAACAGCAGCAGCAGCAGUAUUUGUAUACUGCUGCAGCUGCCUACAGCACUUCCACAGCAGCAGGAGGAGCAGCAACGAGAGCGACGCCGGCAGCAGCAACUCGAGGAGGAGCUGCAGGCGGUGCAGCAGCAGCAACUACAUCAGCAGCAGCGACGUCAGCAGCAACAGCAGCAGCAGCAGCAGCAGCAAGAAGCGGUCAAGGUUCUUUGUGGGGUUUUAUAAGGAGAGAAGAACCUUAUGAAACCCUCGCGGCCUUCUUGAGGGGAGAAAGAGGCGACACCCGGUUAAUGGUGUUGGCUGGCCCUGAGGGUAUAGGAAAGUCUUCUCUUCUUCGUCAUGCAGCAAACAAUCUUAUGCAGCAGCAACAUAAACCGCCAAUCCUAUUGGCGUUCGAUGUUGGAUUAGUAGAGGAUAGAUCUUUUAAGGGUUUCUUUGGCAUUGCUCGUGCAGCAGCAGCAAGACAACUUGCUGCUGCAUGCAAUGAUCUAAACCCGUCGCUGCUGCUGCAGCACGUUGCUGCUGCUUGCCCUUCUUUUUCUUCCAGCGUUGCUGCUGCUCUCCGUUAUGCAGCCGCAGCAGCAGCAGCAACGAAGCCGCAGCAGCAAGCAGCAGCAGCAGCAGCAGCAGCAGCAGCAGCAACGGUCCCGUUAGAGUGGUUAUCUGUAAACCCUAGGGGAAGAAAUCAAAUCCUUGACCUCCUUAAACAACUCGAGGAAGGGGGUGCAGAUAUUUGGGAGAGUCUCCUUGAGGUUGCAAUCGGCCCCACCAACAAAGCAGCUGGCAAACCCCAGACAGCAACCGCAGCCGCGUUGUUGCUGCUGAGGGAUGCUGCCGUUGUUAAGUGUAAGGAUAUACCAGAGGCAGACGCAGCAAAAGAGCGGCCUGUUACUCUGCUGCUGCGCUGCCCUGAGGCGCUGCUGCUUGGGCAUCCCUUGAGGGUUGGCGGAUCAUCAUUCUUUGAGUAUCUCCUUAAUGCCGCCACACAAGAUGAACGGCGCAUAGGAACAGUUUUUUCUGUUGCUGAUGGUCUAACCCUUCUUCGUGUUUGUGGUGUACAUACACCCCAAGAAGAAAGGAAUAAAAGGGUUUAUGUUGUUGAGCUUGAUGAAUUAGCAAAGGCUCAAGUUAGGGAGUUGUUUAGGCCCAUCCUCUGCACAAACACCAGCGUUGCUGAUGCCUCUUAUCUAGCGGUGGGGGGAAACCCUAGGCUGCUCCGUCUUAUCUUCGAGGACCUACAAAAGGCUACAAUAGACUUUGUUAAGUCUUUAUCUAAAAGAACAAGAGAAGGAGAGACAAAUAAUUCAUCAAUUGGUGACUAUGACGACGAACCCUUAUUAUCCAUGGGGGCCCCCCAGGGGGCCCCUGAGGGGGCCCCUCAAGGGGUCUCCCAGUUGGGGGGCCCCCUUGGUAUGGGUGGCCUCCAGGGGCACGGCACCUCAGAAGGCCUCUCAGGGGCCCCCAAAGAAUCCCAUCAAGAGGGGGGCCCCCUCGGGGGGGGCCCCCAGGGUGGGGGCCCCCAGGAGGGGGGCCCCCAAGUGGAUAAAUCUAUAUUAGAAGGGAAUGUAUUUUAUAGAGGGGAGUUGCUGCGAGCAGCAGCAGCAGCAAGAGGAGGGUUUGUGUCGCCUUUUGUUUCUUCUCCUGUCUCUUCUUAUAAUAAAGUGUCUCCUUUACAAGGCGCAUGCAAUGCAGAGGAGACAGUUAUAAAAGAAUUUAUGAAUAUACAAUGCAUGCAACAAGAAAGAUUAAGAAAAAUAUCCGAGGGUUUACUCGUUAAAGAAUUUCGGCGGUUUGAGGGCCGAAUGAUUCAAUUUUUGAAUUUUCCUCUCGUGAAGAAAUUGAGGGAAGUUAGCAAAAGCGAAGUUCAUUUCCUUGUUGUUGUAUGUGAGACAGUUCGCGAGUUCUUAAGAAGGCCUUACUUGCUAUGUGAUGACUUAGGAAGAAUCAGCAACACCGUCCUUCUCGGUUUACUGGAGGCUAACCUCAUUAAACCCUGCCUAAACCCUCGGCGUUUGGUGGUUUCUUCUGUCUUUAUUAAAAACCUCCUGCAGGCUUACUGCAAUCAAAAAUACGAUGCCCUAAGUACAUCACAAAAGGCAGAAUUUUCUUUAAAUCUUCUUCUUAAUCAAACAGCAAUUAGAGCUGCUCUUGAUGACCUCAAAAACCCUAAACCCUAA